ACUCGCGAAUGCGGACGCAUAUGCGCACGUCACGUCAUUAAUAGGUCGUGAAGUUUAUUAUUACAGUGAAAACUAUAAAAUGGCCAAUUCGAACACAGAGACGGAAUGGAUCCGCACACCUCCACCGUCUGGACCCCUGUGGCAGAGAAUCGCCAAAGUGGUGUACAACCCGACCGAUGGGAGUUUUUUCGGCAGAACAUCUAAAAGAUGGGGUAUCGUGAUAACUUUCUACCUGGUGUUCUACGCUGUGCUGGCUGCAAUGUUCGCUCUGUGCAUGGGCGGGCUGUUCCUCAGUCUGGACUUCAGCAGGCCCUCAUACACUCUGCACAGUUCACUCAUAGGGGCUAAUCCGGGAUUAACGUACCGACCUCGUGGUCAGGAAGGCACCGUGGUGGAGUACAGUGUUGAGGCAAACUCCUCUGACGUGUAUACAAGUCAGCUCGAUGAGAUCUUAGAGGCGUACGCGCAUGAGGUAUGGAGGGGAGGAAUCACAGAAUGUACCAGUGAAGAUAACUUCGGAUUUCCAUUCUCGCCGUGCAUUUUUAUCAAACUAAACAAGAUAUUCGAUUGGGUGCCGGAAUACUAUGAUGAUGUCAACAACCUCCCUGCUGACAUGCCCGAUGCGCUCCAGGACUACAUCAAAACUACCGACAAGCUCAAGCAAGUGUGGGUGUCUUGCGCUGAAGAAGGGAGCAAUACAAAUUCUUCUAGAAUUCAGUACCCGUGGGGCAUGGCGCUAUUGGGCAGGUACCCAUUUCAGAACGUGGGGGACCAUCCGAGUCCGAUACUGGCUGUCACAUUCACGCCACCAGUGAACACUCCAUUUACAGUUCGAUGUAGGGCGUGGGCCAAAAAUAUAGUGUACAACAAAAGUAUAAAAGAAGCCUCCGGGUACACUCGCAUCCAAUUACACAUACACGAUACAAAUCCCGCCACGGAGAAUCCAGAAGAAAAUACCACCUAAUGUACCUGUAAUUCCUAAUUAGUAAAUUUUAGUAGUAACUGAAAUCUGUACAUAUAUAUAAAAAUGUAAAUGAUCGCCGUGUGUACAUGAAAGGUAUACGAGAAAAAAUAUUAUUAGCUGCCUUUACACGAUACAUUCAUUCAUGCGCGCUCACUAGCGCGUGAAAUUUAGCGCGUGAAUUCCAGCGCGCGCAAACGUGAGUGAUUGUAUUUUACUAUUUUCUGUGUUCACUAAUUAGCGCCUAAUAGCGUGUAUGUUUCAUGUUAUUUCAUUUUCUUUUAAAAAAAUAUUUUAUACUAGCUGUACCGCGGUUUUACCUACAUGAAAU